AUGUCGCGUCCUCUGCUGCAGGCGGCGACGGCGAAGACGACCGACUGGGUGUGUAUGCGCUGUGCUAUGCGAAAGGCUUUUCGGACUACUGGACGACCACAGCCGAAGAGGAACUUCCACGUGACAAGACGGAAUCAUGAAGCUCAGAAAGAUAAGAGUGUUUUAGCAUUGCUGGAGGAGAGAGGCUAUGUAAAUCAGAUCGCUGGAGACCGGAUCACACUGGACAAGCUCUUGCGACGGCGGCAGGUUGGAUUCUAUGCUGGCAUUGAUCCCACGGCACCAUCACUUCAUCUUGGCCAUCUGCUGCCAUUGAUGGUCCUCUUCUGGCUGUAUCACCAUGGCCACAAAGCCGUCUCGUUGGUUGGAGGGUUCACAGCAAGGGUAGGGGAUCCCAGUGGGCGUCUCACAUCACGAGCAGAAGCAGUAGAGUCGGUACACGAUUCAAACUUCAGUGCCAUGUUCUCGCAGCUGGCCGGGAUAUGGGAGAACGCUGCAAGCUAUGGCAAGAGGCAUGGGUUCACAGAGCAAGAUGCUGGACAUCGGGAAUUACUGGACAAUGCAUCAUGGCUGGGCAACCUGCAGCUAGGUGACUUCUUGCAGAUUCUUGGGCAUAGAACAAGGAUAGGGCCGAUGCUAGGGAGGGAUACCGUGCGGAACAAGCUGGAGAAAGGUGAUGGCAUGACUUUCUCCGAAUUCACAUACCCACUGCUUCAAGGCUGGGACUGGUGGCACAUGUAUCAACAUAACGAUGUCCAAGUCCAGAUAGGCGGCAGCGAUCAGUUCGGGAACAUCAUCGCUGGUAUGGAUGUCAUCAAGUAUAUCGCUCAAGGCGGGAGUCCGAGCAAACAGCAACAGAAGCUGUUGGACAAGGAUGGCAAGCUGAAAGACGACCUGGCACCUAUGGGUCUGACAGUACCACUUUUGACUGCUGCUUCGGGAGAGAAGUUCGGCAAAAGUGCUGGAAAUGCCGUGUGGCUUGAUCAGAGUAUGACGUCUGCUUUCGAUCUCUAUGGUUUCCUGCUGAGAUCAUCUGAUACCGAUGUGGAGCGAUACUUGAAGCUCUUUACAUUUGUACCGAGCGCAGAUAUCGCAAACAUCAUGGCCGAGCACAUCACCGACCCUGGCAAGCGGAAAGCACAACAUCUUCUUGCUGGUGAAGUGCUGGAACUGGUUCAUGGUCAGGAUGUGGCGAAGGAGACCAGAAUACAGCAUGAGAGCCUGCGCAACCCGAGCUUGUUAGCACGUGCCACACUCGACGAGGCCGGCUCUAUGACAAAACACUCUGCAUCGCCAUCAUCAAACGCGAUAAUACUACCAGCGAGCUUAGUCUACGGCAUGCCAUUCUCCCGCAUCCUCUACCACUCCGGCCUCGUAGGCUCCAAAUCGGCAGGAACUCGAUUGAUUGCUACCGGAGGUGCAUACAUUGCCGGCCAGAAUGAGCCGCUUCAUCAGGAAGGCCGCAUACUGGGCUGGGAGGAGGAGCGCGAACAACACUACAUUCCUCUAAGGGUCGACCAAAACCCUGAGGACGUGAAGUACUUUGGUCGUAACGAGGGUCAUAUGACGCUUAGGAUCGGGAAGUGGAAAGUGCGUGGGCUCACCAUUGUUGAGGAUGCAGAGUUUGAUGCUCGUGGUUUGCAGGCGGCUGGUUGGGAGGAAUUCAAGGAGAAGGUGCUAAAGAAAUGA